AUGCAAACCUCCAUCCUCCUUACCGCCACCUUUGUGGUUUCAGUAUCGGCACUGGCCCAGCCGGCCCCGGCCCCGACUCCGGCACCGAUCCUAGCCCGCGAUGACGCCGACUGCCUCCACGAACUCCAGCAAAUCACGGCCGGUAUGCCGCCGGCCCCAACAGGCGCUCUGGCAAGCUGGUUCAACGACAACGACCAAAUGUCAUCCGUCCUAGAAGUCAUCAACGACGGUGCGCAGAUCACCAACGUCGCGGAUGUGUGCAAGGUCGCCAUGAGCACGCCCACCCCCCCGGCCUCGUUGUCGAGCUCUUGGAGCGCGUACAUGAACAGUCUCGAAAGGUGGCAGUCCACCGCUGCAGGCGAUCUCAGCAGUGCCGCUGCUGAAUGCACGGGAGACGGUGCUGCGGGCAUCGCGGGGGCUGGGCUGGAGCUUAUUGUGGCCACCGACGUUCCACAGUGCACGGCUGCUCUGGACAAGUACAACGAUGCCGUUGACUCUGCUGGGUCAGCCACGCAGAGAUUUGUGUCUGCCGCCGCGGGGGUCGCGACCCUUGCCGCUGUCUUUGCCUUGUUCUAG